GUUGAUUGUUUUUCUUUUGUUUGUGAUUUUUAAUUUUGUUUAAUUUUCUAUUCUCUGUGAUUAUUUAGUUAAAUUGUCUUUCAUUUUUUGUUUUUUGUUUUCGUUUGUUUAUUCUUCUUCAAUUCAAUGGAUGAAACACCUUCCUCUUUACCUGAUGAACCAUCACAAGAAAUUAGUCAACCUGAGGUUGAAAUGGAAGAUGAAGAUGAAGAAACAGUUGAAAAAGAGAAUCCGUUCUCAUCGCCUAGAGAAGUUUAUGGAAGAUUAAUUGAGGUGGUUAACAAUGAGUGUCUGGUUGAGGAAAUGUUACCUUUUGAAGAGACUGUACUUGAAUGUAUAUUGGAACAGAUGAGAUACAUGUCAGAGGGAUUACAACGAGUUGGAAGUAAAUUGGGAAGCUUUGUUGUUGAACAGCAUAAAAUUGAACUUGGACGAUUUGCUUUUCUGGUUAACAAAUAUUAUCGGACUCGAUUAAAUAAAUUGGAAUCAAGGUGUAAUGAAUUUGUCCGUCUUCUUCGUAGUGAUACCAAAAAAGCCUUUAAUCUACUAUCACCAUUGGAAAUUAAAUAUUUAGACAAUUAUGUUACUUCUAUUGAUACCUUUAUGGAUGAAGUUAUUCUCAGUCAAAUGCCUGCUAAUUUAAGUGACUUUAAAAUUGGUCAUAUUCCGGCUAAUUCAUCGGCAGCCGAUAAUGAAUAUGUUUUUGUACGAUGUAACGAGGCCACUUCGGUUGUAUUAGAAGAACCUGAUGGUGGAGGUCAAACUAUCGUCGAUAUGACUCAAGAUGAUCAAUAUUUUCUACCCUUCAGUUCCCUUAGGUCACAUUUUCAAAAAGGAUCGGACAAUUUACACAUCAUGUGAACAAUUAACUCGAUCAUUCAAUUCCAAUACAUCAUCAUCACCUAUUUUCCAAGUGAUAAUUUACCAACUGAGAAAAAUUAUUUAAAAGUCUCCCAAAUCAAUUAACUUUUUCACAUUCCCUUGAAUCUACCAACCAUCAGGAAAAUAUGGUUACUCCAAUCAAUCAAUUAAUUUAUUUAAUAAGUGUCAACAAAAUUUAACUGGUCUAAAUCUAAUCAUCUCGGUGGUUCUGUAAUCUUCAAAUUAAUAGUUAUUUUGUUACUAACAAAAAGUAACUAAUUAAACGCACGAAGGUUAAAAAAA